CUUCCUCUCUGUGUCUUGUUUUUCCUUGCAGAGUGAUACCUCCUACCUCUGUAACUCUCUCUCUCUCUGACGGGAGCACAGUUAGCACCUCAAGCUAAUCCUGCUAACAGCUAACAGCUAACGGCUAGCUGAGUGGCGCUAUGAUGGCGGAGCUGGUGCAGGGACAGGCCUCGAUGAACCAGCCGGGGCUGAAGUCAGACGGCCUAGCCGAUGUUUUACAGAGGGCCCGGCAGAUGGUGGGUAAGAUGGGCGGAGAAGCCAUGUCUCACCUGAACAGCUCCUCAGGAAGCGUGGAGCCCUCGCUCUACUUCCCCGGACAGAAGCGACCCGGAGAAGAUGGAGGAAACCAGCUAGCAGCCAUGGGGCAUCAAAGCAGGGUAAUCACAGAGGAUUACAAGGUCCCCGACAGGAUGGUGGGCUUCAUUAUCGGACGAGGCGGGGAGCAGAUCACCAGGAUCCAGCUGGAGUCCGGCUGCAAGAUCCAGAUCGCUUCAGACAGCGGAGGUCUGAUGGAGCGGCCUUGUUCCCUGACUGGAACUCCAGAGAGCAUCGAGCAGGCGAAGCGUCUCCUGGUGCAGAUCGUGGAGCGCUGCAGGAACGGUCCUGGUUUCCACGGAGACGGAGGAGAAGGCGGCGCGUCGGUGCAGGAGAUGCUGAUCCCCGCCAGCAAGGUGGGGCUGGUGAUCGGGCGGGGGGGUGACACCAUCAAACAGCUGCAGGAGCGAGCCGGGGUGAAGAUGAUGAUGAUUCAGGACGGGCCGAUGCCGACAGGAGCCGACAAACCUCUGCGCAUCUCUGGAGACCCGUACAAAGUGCAGGCGGCGAGGGAGCUGGUGUUGGAGGUGAUCCGAGAGAAGGAUGGAGAUUUCCGGUCAGGACGCAGUGACUUCAGCGCCCGCCUGGGAGGAGCCAGCCUGGACUCCGUCUCUCUGCAGGUCCCAGUUCCCAGGUUCGCUGUGGGCAUCGUGAUCGGCAGGAACGGAGAAAUGAUCAAGAAGAUCCAGAAUGAUGCUGGAGUCAGAAUCCAGUUCAAAGCAGAUGACGGCAUCAGUCCGGAGCGUGUUGCCAUGGUGAUGGGACAACCGGAUCGCUGCCAGCACGCCGUGCACCUGAUCAACGAGCUGAUCCAGACCGCACAGGAGCGUGACGGGUUUGGCUCGGCGCUGCGCAGUGGCAGGAUCAGGGGCCGUGGUGAUUGGACGAUGGGAUCCCCCGGGCCGCUACAGGAAGUGACCUACACCAUCCCCGCCGACAAGUGCGGCCUGGUCAUCGGCAAAGGAGGAGAAACCAUAAAGAGUAUUAACCAGCAGUCUGGAGCUCACGUGGAGCUGCAGAGGAAUCCCCCACCAUCCACCGACCCCAACACCCGAGUCUUCACCAUCAGAGGCACCGCCCAGCAGAUGGACCUGGCCCGCCAGCUCAUAGACGACAAGAUCGGGGGUUCAGGGAUCAUGAGUAACGGAGGUUUCGGCUUCAGCCCGUUCACCCAGGGCCCGGCCACACACCAGAACUGUGGCAGCGGACAGACCUUCCUGACCGGCGUUUGGGGAAACACCUACCAGACCAGCUGGCAGAAUGCUGGACAACAGGACCCUGGGCAGCAGAGCCAGCCUCAGAUGACGGACUACAGUAAGGCCUGGGAGGACUACUACAAGAAACAGAGUCAGUCGUCUCAGCAGAGUUCGGUGACGGACUACACCGCAGCGUUAGCAGAAUACUACAGACAGCAGCCCUACCUGUGGAACGCCGCCCAGAUACAGGUAGGAACUGCUGACCAGGAGACCAACGGUCAACAAUGAUUAUUCCAAACAAAUACUCUGCUGCGAUGCUAUUGGAUCACUAGAGGCCCCUCCCUCACCGGUGAAGGCCUCGGAUGGUCGUCAACAGGCAACCGAAUCGGGGUUUCCUAGCAUCGCUCUGCCGCUUCCUCCUUCCUUUUGUAGAGAAAACUAAGGAUUAACUGAAAAAUCACGAACUCUCUUCUUUUCUGUUUUUUAACUUUACAAAGUCGAUAUUUUGUCGGGCAGAUUUUUUCGGACUAGCCUCUGGUCUCGCUCCCCGCGGUGUAGGCCUGGUUUUUCUUUUUGUUUUAUUUUUUAUCAAACUUGAACUUAAAGAUGUAUCAGUGUGGCUUUGAACAAAAAAAAUCCAGUAUAAUAAUCUAUAUUUUGUCUAGUUUUAUUUUCCAAUAAGAAAACGGUAUGAGGCUUAGCAGUCUUGAGUAAGAGAAUCAGAUAUUAUUAUUUUUGUUUGUGAUAAUGUUUUUAAGCAUGCGUCAGAUUGUGUGUUGACUCAGUCUUUUUUUUUAUUUUGGCAUAGAAAUAUUUUAAUAGCGCCGGAUGGAAAUCUAAUGUUUUACCACCAGAGACAAAACCGUUUUUUUUGUACUAAAUUUGUGCUCGCUGGGUCUGUUUGUUCUCGAUCUAAUUUUACCUGUUUAGUCGCCAUCUUGGAGGUGCAAUGACACGUUUGUUUUCUUUUGGUUUGAUGAUAGUUCUUAUUCCUGUAUCUCUAUAGUGAUUCUUUAGUUUUUAUGAUGUGAUGAUGAAUAAAUGACGAUCUAUAUUAUGUUGUCUAAAGCCAGAUCUCUCUGUGGUCGAACCUCCAGCCGACACCACGGUUCCUUUUCAUGAAAUUUAAAAUAUGGGGAAAAAUUACUAUUUUCUUACAAAGUGAAACUUUAUGAUUGUUGUUGUAACUUGGCUCCGUAUUUCUACUUUGCCGAUUUGUUUGUAGACGAAAUGUCAGGAGCUGAACAAUGAAGUUAUUGAUUCUAUUAGCUUGUGCGUUAGCUAAACGGGCGAGCUAGCUUGUUAGCAGAAAGAUGUGCGUUACCUCAACUGUGUGCUAGCUGAAUGAAUGGUGGACUGUUUCUGUUAGCUGUGUGUGAUUCCCUGGUUUUGUGUCUUAGUAAAAAGGUGUCAGAUUUUACGUUAGCGGUGUUGGUUCGAUUUUACUGAACAUGUGCGUUAGGAGUUUACAUCGGUUGAAAGAAAGCGGAGACUAAACUCUUUCUCUUCUGAUAGAUUUGCUUCAGCGACGACACAUCUCAAAUCCCAGUUAGAACAGACGCUCUCGUCACUCAGGAAAUACUUUAAUUUCAUCCAUUUUGACAACAACUUGCAGAACUAGCAAACCAGUGACUCCAAAGAACCUCCAUCAGAAUUAAGUGAAACCCAAAAUCCAUUCUGCCACUUAAAAAGAUGCUAGUUGUAGCUGCUGAGAAACUGCCGUAACCAUGUACAACAAUUAGAGUUUACUUACUUAGGCCAAUUAAUACAAUACCAAUCAAUAGCAAGCUAACGGAGCAACACCUUUAAAUAUGUCUCAGCUUUUCCAAACUCUCCAAUUUGUUAGCAAUAUAACAAUUUUAGCUAAAUUAUUCGCUUUAGCUAAACUGCGCGUAGAUGUUUGUUAGCUAAACUGUGUGUUUUGUGAACUUGUAGCUUCAUUUACUUCUAAAAAACCCCAAAAUCUCUUCUUUGUUAUCUAGAAAGAAGCUAAGACAACCUGCCAACAAACUGCCGAAACAAUGUGAAGAUUUAAGGUCGCUCAUUCUGGCUUAAUAUCAUUCAUCUACGUUAGUUAUGCGGCUAGCUACGGGAGCACCAUCUUUGAACAAUGUGUCAGCAUUCCAAAAUCUCCCUGAAUUAGCCACAUGCUAGUUAGCUAGCUUAUGUGUCAGCUGGACUACGUUAGCUAAACGUUGUGUGUUGUAGUUUAACGGUGCUGUGUGUUUGUGAGCUGUGCUGUGUGAACGUUGUUAGCCAAAGGGUGUGUUUUGUUUGUGUGUGUUCGCUGUUUGUCCGUAAAGGCUGGAUUAUGUUUCUCAAACGUUAUUUCCGAUACGCUUUUGUGGAUAUUUGUAAAAACGUAUACAACUGCAAAGUAUUUUUUUGUUCAGAGUUUCAGGUUCCACCCAUAACGCCCUCCUUUAGCAUUCAUCUCUGUACCAUCGCAGAAGGGUAAUUCCAGCCUUUAGCCGUGUUCGUUAGCAUUGUGUGUUUGAGCGAUGUCGCCUGUCGGACCACAGAGAGGUUUGUCUUGCGUUGAGGGAAAUCUGGCAUCUGUUGAGUUUUGAAUCAGUGGUUCUGCUUCUUGUAUGUGUGACGAUGAUAAUAAUAAUGACGACGAUAAUAAUGCGUUCUCCUGUGCAGGGGGUCUAUUUAAAUCUCCAGUUUUGAAUAUUCAGUUUGUCGAUAAGAUAAUAUGGUUUGUGUAAAUUUUCCACUCUCUGGCGGGUGCUCUCCAGUUAAAAAUGUACUUUGUUAUCCUGUUAAAAAUGAUAUUGUUUAAUUCACAUGUUGUGUCUAACCGAUUUUGCAAAGAGAAGCUGAGUGUGUUAUUUUCUCAAGACUGCUAGGCUAACUGUCUCUAUCUCUUCUGUUUGUCUGUCUGCGUCUCAUCGGACGUCGCCACGUUUCUAAAAAGCUGCCGGGACUUUUCAUGUGUCUGUAAUCGGACCAUGUGAGCGUUGUCGUCGUGUUGAACGCUCCCGCAGCCCGUUAGCGUGGCGACUCCGAGACGAGGAGAGCUGUAGUGACGGGGCUUUACUCCCCGGGAAUUAAUUAAAAAUCACCGGAGAGGACGGUGGGUUGGUGUCCAGUCUCAGGUCAAGGUUUCGGGUUUAACGUGAUCCCGGCUGAGCCCCCAAAAUCCCGAGACUGGCCACAGUCGCCGGUCCGCCCCGGUUUUAGAUCUUCCUCGCCCCCACCCCUCGUCCUGAAGGGGUGACGGGGAGCUUUUUGGUUUCUUGGUUUCUGUUGUUUUUCUAAUGGACAGACGUCCUAACUGUAACCUGCAGAUUUUUCUAUUAGAUUCUAUUGACAGAUAGAGUUGUGUAUGAACCCGAGCCACGAGACUGUCGGUGGCCGAGGGAGAGGAAGAUGGAUGAUGUUGAUGAUUAACAUGAGGGCUAAUAAACAGGCUCGUUCUUUCUGA